UACCUGAAGCUCGUUGGCGGCAACAAUAACCGAAGCGUCGUCAACAAGACAGACAAACAAUGGGGGUCCACGGCCUCUGGGACCUCGUAGCCCCCGUCGGCCGCCGCGUCUCCGUUGAAACCCUCGCCGGAAAAAAACUCGCAAUCGAUGCGAGCAUAUGGAUGGUCCAGUUCAUGAAGGCGAUGCGAGACGAGAAGGGAGAGAUGGUGAGGAACGCGCACGUGCUAGGGUUCUUCAGGCGGAUAUGCAAGCUGCUUUUCCUCCGCACGAAACCCGUGUUCGUCUUCGACGGCGCCACGCCGGCUCUCAAGCGGCGGACCGUGAUUGCGCGUCGUAGACAGCGGGAGAAUGCGCAGACAAAGAUCCGGAAGACCGCCGAGAAACUCCUGAUCAAUCACCUCAAGGCAAUGAGGUUGAAAGAGCUGGCCAAUGAUCUCGAGAAACAGAGACAGCAGAAUGAUGCUAAGGGUAAAAAGGUUGUCAUAGAUCAAGUGGAAUUGACAGGAAGUAAUGCGGAGGGAAUCAAUACCUCGCCAUUCAGUUGCAACCAGGAAGCACUAGAUGAAAUGUUGGCAGCAUCCCUUGCGGCGGAGGAUGAUGAUAGUUUUACUGGCAAUGCAUCAACCUCUGGUGUGGAUAUCCCAUUUGAAGAAGAGGACGAAGAAGAAGAAGAAGACGAAGACGAAGAGAUGGUACUUCCAGCAAUGAAUGGAAAAGUUGAUCCUGCCGUGUUAGCUGCUUUACCUCCAUCAAUGCAACUUGAUCUUCUUGUUCAGAUGAGGGAGAGAUUGAUGGCAGAAAACAGACAAAAAUAUCAGAAGGUCAAAAAGGCCCCUGCGAAGUUUUCAGAAUUACAAAUACAGGCCUAUCUAAAAACCGUUGCUUUCCGCCGGGAGAUAGAUGAAGUGCGAAAAUCCGCUUCUGGGAAGGGAGUAGGUGGUGUCCAGACUUCGCGGAUAGCCUCUGAAGCCAAUAGAGAAUUUCUAUUCUCGUCGUCUUUCACUGGGGAUAAACAAAUUCUCACGUCUGUUGGCGGAGAGAGACAUGGUGAGAAGCAAGAUCAGACACCAUUACAACCUCCUCCUUCAGACCCUGUGGAAAGCAUUGCAUCUACCAAGAAGUCCAACGCUGAAACUGGAGCAGUCACUGAUGACACUGUAUUUGAUGAUGAUAUUGAGACAUAUGUGGAUGAGAGAGGACAUGUUCGAGUCAGUCGAGUGAGAGCUAUGGGAAUGCGUAUGACUCGAGAUUUACAAAGGAAUUUGGAUUUAAUGAAAGAGAUCGAGCAAGACACAAUGUACACAAAUGUGAUUAUGGGGAGUGAGUCUGGUUUCGAUAAAAAUGCAGGCGGCAUCUCAAGAAAUCUACCUGAUAAAAUCCAGCUUAAAAAAGCUUCAUAUCAGAGUAGUGAUGGAUCAGUUCACUUAGAUGACAGAGGUGAUCAAUCUGCGUCUAAAAAUUUGAACUCGAUGGAGAUAUCCUUUGAGGAUGACGGUGGUCACGAAUAUGUUGAUGAUGAUCUAUUUACUCGUUUAGUGGCAGGAGAUACAGUACUGAAUUCUAAAGGUAGUGUUCUUCCUUCAGAGAAACAUUCUUGUGACUCGGAUUCAGAUAUUGAUUGGGAAGAAGGGGUGGUUGUAGAGAAAGGUAAUAGUUCACUUCCUGAUGUUGGAAAGGAAACCAAGCUCUCUCUUGCUGAAGGUCGCAUUAAUGAUGAGAGUGACGUGGAAUGGGAGGAUGGAGAUUCCACUCUUCUUAAUUGUGCAUCCACAUCUCUUGCUGAACCUAGUAAUAAUGCCUCCAAAGGUGCUUUGGAAGAAGAUGCUGAUUUUCAGGAAGCAAUUAGGAGAAGUCUUGAGGAUAUAAGGGAACAAAAAUCUAGUGAUGCAUCAUGUGAAGAUGAGAAUUUAAAAGAAGCCAGAAGAAUGGCUCAUGAGAUUAAAGGUAUUCAAGAGAAUGGUAAGCCUGUGCCUAACUUGCCCCAAGAGAAUACUUUGCAAGUAGAUAAACCAUCAUUUGAGGUGGUCAGUGGGGUUGCUAGGUUAGAAGCUGAGGCUGGAAUGGAUAUUUUAAGCACAGAUGAUUCUCCUGUGGCAACAUCAAUGGUAGUUGAUACUGACAGCAUUGAAGGACUGCUAGACAAACCAUUUGAAAGGUAUCCUAAAUGCCAUGCUGAACUUUUUCGGCAAGAUACAAUUGAAGGCGGAAAUUUACUUGGAGGAAUUGGAGAUAAGAAAUCCGUCCCUCCUAUUGGAGAACAGGGGUUCCACUUGGUUGUGGAGGAAGUGAAACCCAAUGCUGGCGUCCAAAUGUCCACCUCUACCACUAAUUUUGGUGUAAGUUCUGAGAUUUCGGAUAUGGUGUCAGGUGAAACGCCUCCUGCCAUAGCUGCUGAUGCUCACGUAAAUGUCUUUGAAGCUGCAGCGCAUAACCUGGUAGUAGGGACACCACAGCAGGGGGAAUCUUCUGCUAAGGGAUUAAGGAUAAACCACGAUGAUGUACAAAAGUUGCCCAACAAAAAUAUUCCUGAUAACAGUGCUGAGCAGAAAGGGGAUGAAAAUUUUACUCUUGAGGAUGACAAAAUAAAGCCGAUGGAAGUUACAGAGGCUAGUUUGGAGGAGGAAAGGAUAAAUCUAAGUAGAGAGCGUAUAGACCUAGAAGAUGAGCAGAGAAGGCUCGAGCGUAAUGCAGAGUCUGUAAGCAGUGAAAUGUUUACUGAAUGUCAGGAGCUUCUUCAAAUGUUUGGCUUGCCAUAUAUUAUUGCACCAAUGGAAGCUGAAGCUCAGUGUGCAUACAUGGAACUUUCAAACCUUGUAGAUGGUGUGGUUACUGAUGACUCUGAUGUGUUCUUGUUUGGGGCACAAAAUGUUUACAAGAAUAUAUUCGAUGACCGCAAAUAUGUUGAGACCUACUUCGUGAAGGACAUUGAGAAGGAGCUUGGCCUAACACGAGAGCAACUAAUCCGUAUGGCCCUGCUUCUUGGGAGUGAUUAUACUGAAGGUGUAAGUGGGAUAGGUAUUGUUAAUGCUAUUGAAGUUAUGAAUGCAUUUCCUGAGGAAGAUGGCCUCACUAAAUUUCGGGAGUGGAUUGAAUCACCAGAUCCAACCAUUUUAGGAAAGCUCGGUGUGCAAACAGGAUCUAGUUCGAGGAAUAGAGGGUCAAAAGUUGGUGAAGACACUGUGAGUUGCUCAAAUAGCGAUAUGGAUGGACUCUCUGCACCUGCACAGACUGUUAUGCAAGCAAUGGACGACAUCCAGAACACGAAGCAGAUCUUCAUGGAUAAGCAUAGAAAUGUGAGCAAAAACUGGCACAUUCCUUCAUCUUUUCCAAAUGAAGCAGUAAUUUCUGCUUAUGUUUCUCCACAAGUGGACAAGUCAACAGAGCCUUUCUCAUGGGGGAAGCCAGAUCUUUUCUUUCUUCGCAAAUUGUGUUGGGAAAAGUUUGGAUGGAAUACGCAGAAGGCGGAUGAGUUGCUCUUACCUGUUUUGAAGGAGUACAACAAACAUGAGACUCAACUGCGGUUGGAAGCAUUCUACACUUUCAAUGAGAGAUUUGCAAAAAUUCGGAGUAAGAGGAUUAAUAAAGCAGUUAAAGGAAUAACAGGGAAAACAUCUGUCGAAGAAAGUAGGGAUGACAAGUCAGGAAAAUCUGUAACUGGAACAGAGGAUUGUAUCACGAGAGAUGAAAGCAACUCAACACACAAAUCAGCUGUGAAGUUGUCAAAAAAAAGAAAGAAUAAAGAGUCUGAGCCAUCUGAAGCUAGGAAUAUUGAUCCAGUGAUGCAGACAGAAGGCAGGAAAAAUACCAGGCAAAAAUUGACUGCAAGAGGCAGAGGCCGAGGCCGAGGAAGCGAGAGACGCCAAGCUAAUGGAAGAGGUCGGAGAAUAAAAAGUUCAUGGCUUGAAGAUGGUGAAAACAGUUCUGACAGCGACUGCAUUAGUGAGAAUGAAAAAGAAAAGCAAGACAAAAAGUUAGGAAGACCACGUGAAUUACGGAAGUCAACUCGAACUAGAAAUGCUGUGAAGUACACUUCGGAUGAUGACGUGGAAAUUGAUGAACCGGGUAAAGCAAGCCACGAUGAAGAAAACUGCAGCGAUGAAGAGGCCGUGAAAGAACCUUUUGACGAUCAUCACUUAGUUGGAGAUACUGCCGCUAGUACUGGUGAAAAGAACCCGCAUAAGGAGGAGCACUCUAGUGGGGACUACUUUGAAAUGGGAGGUGGAUUCUGCUCGAUUGAAGAACCUGAACUCAAAACAGAUGAACCGAGUGUAGGUCAAAAUGGUGAUCCUUCUUUUGAAGUUGAAUCAUUUCAGGAAUACCUUAACAUGGGCGGUGGGUUUUGCUUGGACGAAGAUGAAACAAAAGAGGACCCGCAUAAACAGGCUUCCGAGCCAGCUACAGAGUUGGUCUCUGAUGACUCUGAUCCACAUUGUUCUAAUAUUGGGGAAGAAGCUAACCCAAAGAGAAGGAAGGCAGAUGCAUUAUAUAACGAGCAGAAUUCUGACCAUUUAACUCCUAGAGCUAGCAAUAAUAGUAGCUCUCCUCCAGAAAGUAUCGGACAAGAUGAUUCUGGGACACCACCAAUGAAAUCUCUGAGUGCCAUGCCUUACUUGAGAAGAAAGCGAAGGAAGAGUUGAGAUUGUUUGAUGCUUUGUAUAUAAGAGGGAGAGGGAAGGGGAUUGGUGGAUGGAGCUUGUAUAUUUUCCUUGUAAUCCCAGUUCGUUUUCCCUGCCUCAAGAGUCAAAGGCCAUGGUUUUGAAAUUGGUAUGCACAAUUUCCCAUUCAUUUUCGCUUUGCUCCCCUAUUCGUAUUAUCGAAACAUGUUUUUUUGUGGUAAUGCAUUCCUUUUAUUCUACCAAAUGAAUUUCCUCCUUGUGUCUA